AAAUCCUUUCAGAAAAAAAAAAAGAGAUAACAAAAAAAAAAAAAAAAAAAAUGGCGCACCCAAUCGCAGAAGCGAACGAGAAGAGCCCUUUCGGCUCACUUUCACCGGACGAAUUCUACGCAAAGCACUCAGUGAGCCACUCAUCCGAGUACAUCACCAAUUCACGAGGUAUGAAGCUUUUCACCCAAUGGUGGACCCCACUUCACGGUGAAAAACUCGGGUUAAUCUGCGUCGUCCAUGGCUACACUGGCGAGUCAAGCUGGACCGUCCAACUCACCUCCAUCCACUUUGCAAAAGCCGGUUUUAUUGUUUGCGCGAUUGACCACCAGGGUCAUGGCUACUCCGACGCGCUUGAUGGGUACGUGGCUCACAUCCCCGAUAUCGGACCCGUGGUUGAUGAUUGCAUUUCGUUCUUUGAUGCGUUUCGUGAGAGACACGCGCCGGGGUUGAAGGCGUUUAUGUACGCGGAAUCUCUUGGAGGGGCGAUUGCGUUGUUGAUUACUUUGAGGAAGAAGCGCGUGGGAAAGAGUGGUGGGGGGUUUGAUGGGUUAGUGUUGAAUGGGGCUAUGUGUGGGAUUAGUCAGAAGUUUAAGCCACCUUGGCCUUUGGAACACCUUCUUGGGUUAGCUGCUACGGUUUUGCCUACUUGGCGCGUAGUUCCUACUCGUGGUUCUAUUCCUGAUGUGUCCUUUAAGGUGGAAUGGAAGCGUAAGCUAGCAAUCGCGAGCCCAAAGAGGUACAUGGGGAAGCCACGCGCUGCCACAGCAUAUGAGCUGAUGAGGAUAUGCAGAGAGGUUCAAGGGAGAUUCGAAGAAGUUGAUAUUCCACUGUUGAUCAUUCACGGUGGAGACGACGUUGUAUGUGACCCAGCCUGCGUAGAGGAGUUUCAUCAACGCGCCUCUAGCAAGGACAAGACACUGAAGAUCUAUCCGGGUAUGUGGCAUCAGCUAGUUGGUGAGCCUGAGGAGAAUGUUGAGCUUGUCUUUGGUGAUGCUUUGGAUUGGCUCAAGUCUAGAGCUUUAGGUAGCAAGUGAUCAAUAUCGAAUUGGUGUAUUAGUGAUUUAGUUCUAUCCUAAAUGGUGUGUUUGAACUUCGACUUCUUAUGUGUAUAAGUUUUCGAAAUUAAUAAAAUGGACUCUAAAAAGGCGUAAAAUUGGACUAUUAA